GAUCGGUUUGCCAGGAGCCCGAGAAGCAAGAGUUCGCGAUAGGACCGAGCACCAGAGACAAAGGCGGCAUACUUUUUAUGCCCGGUGAGAGCACGGACGGAGGAGUCAAAGAUCGAGCAGGAUGAGCCUGAUCAGGUUGGGGCUGGCGCUGCUGCUCCUGGUGGCCACCGCCUCGCAGUUGCUGCAGCCGGUCCAGGGACGCCGGAAGAUGUGCGGCGAGGCCUUGAUCCGGGAACUGAAUUUCAUCUGUGUCAAGGGCUUUCCCUCCAGGGUCAAGCGGAGCAAUAGUGAAGUGCCAAAGAAUAGAGUGCGCACCCUGAUCCGUAAGCUCCAGGACACGGACGAGGCCAGGGAUCCGUCAGGAUCCAGUGGAAGCAAGCGCAAGUUGCGACGCCACCGACGAAACAUUGCCCACCAGUGCUGCAAGGAGGGCUGCUCCUACGACGAUAUUCUGGACUACUGCGCCCUAUGAUCACAUACCCGAUCCUCCAGUCAGCAGAUCCCCAAAUCAAAAAACAAACCACAGAUACCAGAUGAUCCCGAUAUGACUUAUAUAUUUUGUGAUGGCAGGGGGCUGGAUGUCGAGUUCAAGGACCGUUUCCGGAGGCACUCAACCGGCUGGCGUUUUCCCACUCAUUUUAAUACACUUAAACCUAACUAUGAACGUAAUCGUAUUUCCAAAUAUUUCAUUGUAAAUUCCUAGUGGAAGCAAAUAAAGUUACUCUCCAACCAGCAGCAAUAAUAAAAUAA